AUGUAAUAGUAAUAACGAUACAUACCCCAAAGCCAAUUACAUGAUAUUAUCUGCUUACUUCAUAUAGUGAUGGCAUAACAAAAACCACGAUUUAAUGAAACACCAACGAAGGAAUGGGCUGCAGUGCUCUGAAAAUCCAUCUGGUUAUUGCCGCUGUUUGUUUGAUUAGUGGCAUUUAUGGUGGCAGAGUAAAGCGAAAUGUUGUCGAAUUUGGUGAUAUGGUAGGUGCAGCGACUGGCAGAGACCCGUCCGACUUUUAUGGAUAUGGAAAUUACUGUGGCAUAGGUGGCAGUGGCGUAGUUUUAGACCCUAUCGACGCAUGUUGCGCACAGCAUGACGACUGUUACGAAGACCAGAAAAUGGCACACUGUAGAAUGUUUUCUCCGAAAUAUUCCUGGUUUGUCAGCGAAAUAGGAAUAACGUGUAGUGACGCACCAGACGACUUUUGCAACCGCCAUCUUUGUGAAUGCGAUAAGAAAUGUUCUGAAUGCUUUGCAGAAAACCAGGAGUUUUACCAACCAACAUUAGUCAGGAAAGUCCAUAGUUUUGCCAGCCGUCUCUACCAUUUUCUUGAUCCGGUUUUUCAUUUUUUUUAAGAAGAAGUGACUUAAUAAGGAUACACCACUAUACACAUAUCAUUAAUCAUUUUACAAUUUCAAAUUAAUUGCAUAUGUAAGCACUGAAUUUGCUUUCUUGGUAAGAACUACGUAUUUGUAAAAAUAUUUCUCUAAUUCUUCGUCAAUUUAUCCCUUUCUGCACCUAUUGUUUAAAAAAAUUUUAAACAACGUGUGGUUCGUUUGA